UUUCUCGUUCUGGUUCUCUUGGCGCGGACCGGGGUCGCCGAUCACGCGAAUAUUUUCGAUUUGUUAUUUUUUUACAUAGGCUUAAAGAGAUAAACCAUUAGUCAACAUGGAUGCAAAUAAGUUGAUUGAUGUGUUGAGAGCAACUUUAGACCCCAACCAAAGAGAGGAAGCCGAAAAACAACUUGAAAUCGUCCAUAAAAUUAUUGGAUUUGCACCUAUUCUGCUUCAAGUUGUGAUGGAAGAAUCUAUUGAUAUGCCUGUCAGACAAGCUGGAGUAGUAUAUUUGAAGAACAUGUGUACUCAGUUCUGGCGAGACCGUGAGGCAGAGAAUCCCAGUGAUCCUGUGCCCUUCAAUAUACACGAGCAGGAUCGACUAACCAUCAGAAACAACAUUAUAGAGGCAGUCAUUCAUGCACCCGAACCCAUCAGAGUUCAGUUGUGUGUUUGUAUCAGCACAGUUAUAAAGAAUGACUACCCUGGACGCUGGCCUGACUUCCCAAAGAAGGUGGCUUUCUACAUACAGUCUGACAACCAUUCCACUUGGAUGGGGGCACUCAUGAGUUUAUAUCAAAUGGUUAAAGUUUAUGAGUACAAGCGUAGUGAGGAGCGACAGAUCCUGGAUGACGCCAUGGUUCACAUUCUGCCUGUAUGCUACCAGAGGUGCCUGCAGCUACUGCCUGAUCCCAGCGAGCACUCCGUCCUCCUUCAGAAGCAGAUCCUCAAGAUCUUUUAUGCUUACAUUCAAAACCAUUUGCCACUAGAAGCCGUAUCCAAGGAAACCUUCACACACUGGAUGGAGUUGAUACGACAGAUCAUCGACCGACCUGUGCCCGAGCAAACCAAUCAAGUAGAUAUAGAUGACCGUCCAGAGCUACCAUGGUGGAAAACAAAGAAAUGGGCAGUGCAUAUACUGUCAAGGACAUUUGAACGAUACGGAAGUCCAGGGAAUGUACAUAAAGACUAUAAUCAGUUUGCAGAGUGGUAUUUGAAAGCAUUCAGUGGUGGAGCCAUUCAAGUGCUGUUCAAGGUUCUAGAUGAAUACAGGAGGAAGAUGUAUGUAGCACCGAGGGUCAUGCAACAGGCCUUGAACUUCCUUAACCAAGGUGUGAGCCACGCAUUCUCCUGGAAGUUCAUGAAGCCCCACAUCCAGCCCAUCAUCCAGGAGGUGAUCUUCCCUCUCAUGUGCCACAGCGACUCAGAUGAGGAGCUCUGGGACUCUGACCCACAAGAAUAUAUAAGACUCAAAUACGAUGUUUUCGAGGACUUCCUUUCACCAGUGAUUGCAGCACAGACUCUGUUCUACUCCUGCGCAUCUAAAAGAAAAGAGGUUCUACAGAAAUCAAUGGGAUUCUGCAUGCAGCUGUUGACCUCUGGUACGACUGAAACACGACAGAAGGAUGGAGCCAUGCAUAUGAUUGGGGCUGUAGCAGAAGUCCUUCUGAAGAGAAAAAUCUACAAGGACCAAGCAGAAAUGAUGCUUGUUUCCCACGUAUAUCCAGAGUUCACCAGUCCAAACGGCUUUUUGAGGGCACGCGCCUGUUGGGUAAUGAGAGUAUUCAGUGAAAUGCGCUUCAAGCAAGAAGCCCACCUGUAUCAGGCCCUGGAGCAUUCCAAGAACUGCAUGUGUACAGACAAGGAACUGCCUGUGCGUGUGGAGGCUGCCAUUGCACUGCAAAUGCUUAUUAGUGAUCAGGAAAAAGCCAAGCAGUACAUGACGCCCCACGUGAGAACUGUGAUACUAGAACUGCUUAAGAUAAUCCGCGAGACAGAGAAUGAUGACCUGACUGGAACAAUGCAGAGACUUGUCUGUACAUAUGUCGAGGAAGUGACCCCAAUAGCUGUGGAGAUGAUGUCACAUCUGGCCACAACGUUUUCGCAAGUCCUGGAGACAGAUUCUGAUGGUUCAGAAGAGAAGGCCAUCACUGCCCUGGGCAUUCUUAAUACCAUGGAGACAAUCGUCACUGUUAUGGAGGAACAAAAAGAGAUUAUGUUGCAACUGGAAGGAAUUGUGCUUAAUGUUGUGGGCGUGAUACUGCAGCAAAACAUCAUUGACUUCUAUGAGGAGGUGCUGUCCCUGAUCUACAGCCUCACCAGUUCUCAUGUCACCGUGCACAUGUGGCAGGUGUUUGGCAUGCUCUACGAGAUGUUCCAGAAAGAUGGCGUUGAUUACUUCACAGACAUGAUGCCUGCUCUACACAACUACAUCACUGUUGAUACGCGCACAUUCUUGUCCAACUCCUCCCACCUGGAGGCCAUCUACAACAUGUGCAAACAGGUGAUGUCUGCAGAUGUAGGGGAGGAUGCGGAGUGCCAUGCAGCCAAGCUGCUUGAAGUGAUACUGUUGCAGUGUCCAGGACAGGUGGACACUAUUGUGCGACCAUUUGUUGAACUGGUUCUUGAACGGUUAACACGGGAAGUUGAGACAUCGGAGUUAAGGACAAUGUGUUUACAAGUUGUGAUAGCUGCUCUGUACUAUAAUACCCCCCUAUUGAUAGAAACUCUUAAAUCCGUGCAAAUAGCCAAUGUUCAAGGAUCUGUGAUGGAACAAUUUUUAAAGCAAUGGAUACAUGAUGCAGACUGUUUCUUAGGGCUUCAUGACAGAAAAAUAAGUGUGCUUGGACUGUGUAACCUGUUGAGUAUGAUGGAAUCCAGUCGUCCAUCGGAAGUGACAGAACUUGGACCUGAAUUACUUCCAGCAACACUUGUCCUCUUUGGUGGUUUGAGGAGAGCUUAUGAAACUCGAGCAGAGAAUGAGACUUCAGACAGUGAUGAUGAUGGUGAUGAGGAUGCUGACUAUGAGCAGGAUGCGCUGGCCAGUGAUGAAGAUGAGAUUGAUGAGGAGGGGCAGCAGUACCUGGAAAAACUGGAAAAAACUGCAAACAGUGAAGAUGACAGUGAUGAUGAGGACAGUCUGGAUGAUGAUGAAGCUGAGGAGACCGCCCUGGAAAGCUACCAGACCCCUCUCGACGAGGAUGACUGUCCCAUUGAUGAGUACAUCAUUUUCAAACAAAUACUGCAUGGUUUGCAGUCCAUGGACCCCAACUGGUAUGCGGUGGUGACCAGCAAGCUGACCCCAGAGCUGAGCAAGCAGCUAGAGGAUGUCUUCAAGUUGGCAGACAAGAGAAAAGCAGCUGCAGAAUCAAAGAAAAUAGAACAGAGUGGAGGAUACGAUUUCUCAAACCCAACACUUCCUUCUACUUUUAAUUUCGGCUAAUUGACAUCCUCCAAAGAGUUGCACUGAGCUGCCAGUUAAACAUUUGUGUGUGUUUGUGGACGAAAACAGACAUGUGAGAUAAUGGGCAAAUGUUUCUCAUGUUUAUAUAGUGAACCAUUAUUGUUACUUCUUUAAAACAAAAAAUGGAAAAAAAAAGUUCAUAGUUGCAUGUUUUAUGUGGAAAUAAUUGAGGGUGUGUGCAAUAGAACUUUGCUGUUAUGCAUUACUAACAAAUUGAAAUAUAUAGGAAGCGGUUGAAAAGUGUUGAUGCUUAUUCAGGAUCUGCUAAAUCCACCUAUAUCUGAAAGCAUAAGACAUUUUUGUGGUCAGAUUGUUAAAUAGCAAUUAAAAACAAAUGAAUUGUUAUUGGUAUACGGUAAGUUUUCAUUUUGGCUGUUACCAUGUUGCAAAGGAAAUGUUUUGCAGUGUAAGUGACUACUGUUGAAACAUUGAAAUAAGGACCCCAGUGUCAGCUUGCUUCAACUUGUAGAGCUAUGUUACUGUGACAUGGUGCUGACAAAGACAAUAAGCAUAUCAGUUUAGACAUUGCACACUUGUUUAUAUUUCUUACCAUAACCCCAGUUUAUGUUGUGUAAGGAACAUUAGGUCAGUUCAUUGUUUGUUGUGAAUCUUGGGAUUCUAUAUAAACAGUCACAUAGGUUUCUGUGUACAUUUUAUAAUGGAAAAUUGUAUUAUAGAAUGGGAUUAGGUUAUUUAUUAUAUAAAAAAAACAAGGCUUAUUUCAUUAAUGUAAUUUGUAAGUAUAUUAUAUCAUUUUUAUGCCCCUGGAUCGAAUGAUUGGGGGUAUAUUGUUUUUGGCAUGUCUGUCUGUCAUUCUGUUUGUGUGUCGCAAAACUUUAACUUUAGUCAUAACUUUUGCAAUAUUUAUAAUAGCAACUUGAUAUGGCAUGCAUUUGUAUCUCGUGGAGCUGCACAUUUUGAGUGGUGAAAGGUCAGGAUCAUCCUAUAAGGUCAAAUAAAUGGCUUCAAAGCGGCGCAGUAGGGGGCAUUGUGUUUCACAAACACAGCUCUUGUUGAAUUUGAGAUUAGUGUUGGCCUGACAUUAUGAAAAACACAUCGGAAAAUGUCAACAAUGGAAUGGCGCCAUUAUGAAAGAUUUUGUGUAUAUGCAGUAUAUGUACUGAUCUAUUGUUGAGGAUAAAGGUAUUAGGUGUAGAAAACUGUGUUAAAACAUUGUGAUGCAAUUUUGAAUUAAAUGCAUACAAAAAUGGAAUAAGCCCUGUCAAUUGACAGUGAUGUAUCAUAUAUAAAAUAUGAAUUAACGUUUUAUUCAUUACCCAAAGUUCAGAUGUCUUAAAAGCUGAAUGCUCUGUAAGUGCUGUUCUGAACCCUAAUGGAUUUAUUUAUGCAAUGUUUAAUGUAUUGUGUGUUGUGUUAGCAGUCAAUAACAAACCUCUUUGGUUAAAAACCACUUCCGAGUGUUAAUGACCUUGCAAAUUUGGUAAUUUUGAUGUUAAAAAUUCCAAAUUGCUGUUUAUUGAUUCCAGUAUACUUCUAUAUUGAUAUAUCAAGCUUGUUUGAAGUACUGCUAGUCGUGUAUGCUGCUGAAUCCUUGCUACCCGCAUUUUAUGUUCCACUCUUGUCAUUGUAAGCUGCAACCAUUCCAGCUUUUUUCAGUUCGCUGCUUGUUUGAUUACUUAUUUAAAAACUACAAAAUAGUGCUUACAUUUUCACAAGCAUUUGAUUUGCUGUUUGUUUGCAUAUUUAUUUUGAAAUGGUACUUUCACAACACAUGUGAGUAGGGGACGAGGCAACAUCUUCCAACUGUUAUCCUGUAGUAGGCAAGCCUAUAUCUGUUAGAAUUUGGUUUUUAAAAUGAUUAAUCAAUGGACAAGAAAUUUAUACUAGCAAUUGAUACACAGUUGCUUAAACUGUUAAAAUUUAAUAGCAACUACCAAUCCUCCUCCAUUUUAUAAUCCAUCCGGUAGUAUACAACUUUGACUUUAGUUAAACUAAACAAUAUUUUAUGUCUGUGAUGUUACUGAUGAAAUUAAUUGUAUGGGGCAUAUGCCUUGCACACUAGACAUUCUGAUUAUAUUUGAUGUAUUAUCUUUGAAAUAAAAGUGCUAUUUGAAA